UUCACAAACCUCUGCGUAAUGACAAGUUUGUCCUUUUGAUGCUGCGUGUACCAAGUGUGUGCGGUUUACUGUGGUAAACAAAUUUUAAAUCGCAGCCAUGGUGCGCAUGAAUGUUCUCAGCGAUGCUUUGAAGUCCAUCAACAAUGCUGAGAAGCGGGGUAAGCGACAAGUAUUGUUGAGACCCUGCUCAAAAGUAAUUGUUAAGUUCUUAACUGUCAUGAUGAAGCAUGGAUAUAUUGGAGAAUUUGAGAUCGUGGACGAUCAUCGUAGCGGUAAAGUGGUAGUAAAUCUUACUGGCAGAUUAAAUAAAUGUGGUGUGAUCUCACCUAGAUUCGAUGUACCUAUCAAUGACAUUGAGAAAUGGACAAAUAAUCUUUUACCUUCUCGACAGUUUGGCUACGUUGUGUUGACAACUAGCGGAGGAAUCAUGGAUCACGAGGAGGCCAGAAGAAAACAUCUUGGUGGCAAAAUACUGGGAUUCUUCUUUUAAUGUUUUUUUAAGUAAAUAAACAUGUAAGAACAAAAACUA